AUGCCAAAGAUUGACCAGCUGGUAAGUGCCACCUACGGACACCCAAGGAUGAGUUUUCUAGACGCUUUUCAGGGUUAUCAUCAAAUUGCUCUGGCUACCGAGGAUCAGGAGAAGACGGCGUUCAUUUCCCCUAAUGCUAACUAUCAUUAUAUCGUGAUGCCAUUUGGGUUAAAGAAUGCCGGGGCCACAUAUCAACGGAUGAUGACGAGAAUGUUCAGAGAUAAGAUUAGGCGCACAUUUGAGGUAUACAUUGAUGAUAUGGUAGUAAAAAGCAAAUGGGACAUAAAGCAUAUUGACGAUCUCAAAGAGGUGUUCGAAGUAUUUCAACGGCAUAAGCUGCACCUCAAUGACAACAAGUGUGCUUUUGGAGUGGGGGCUGGCAAGUUCCUAGGGUAUUUGAUCACUAACCGAGGAAUAGAAGUUAACCCCGAUCAGAUUGAAGCAAUAAAACACCUUAAACCGCCGAGCAAUCCAAAAGAAGUUCAAAUACUGACCGGUAUGUUAGCUGCCUUUAACCGGUUUAUUUCCAAAUUUGCCAAUUGGUGCCGUCCAUUUUAUCAGCUUCUAAAAAAAUGGAAAGGAUUCCAAUGGAACGAAGAGUGUGAAAAGACUUUUCAGGGUUUGAAGGAAUAUUUAAUGCGGGCCCCUAUGCUAACAGCCCCGGAGCCUGGAAAAGACUUAUACAUGUAUCUUUCGAUAUCUGAACAUGCUUCGUUAUUGAAGAGAUCUGAUUUCACGGGAAGACUAGCUAAGUGGGGAACUCGGCUGGGCUCUUUUGACAUUAGGUACAGGCCUAAAAACUUGGUGAAGGGUCAAGUUCUUGCCGAUUUUGUUGCAGAGUUUUCCCCGAGAGGGGGGAUUAAGAUAAUUUGCCCUGUAGAGGUAAUCCCGUGGAAGGUAUUUGUGGACGGUGCGUCCAGUGCAUUAGGAGCCAAGGCUGGAAUCGUAGUCAUCACCUCAAAAGGAAUAAAAUGGGAGCAUUCCUUUAGGUUAGGCUUUAAAGCUUCUAAUAAUGAAGCCGAGAAUGAGGCCCUGCUUGUUGGAUUGAGAGUUGCUUCAGAUCUAGGUGCUAAGGAAGUAGAGGUCUACUUGGACUCUCGACUGGUGGUCAAUCAGGUGCAGGGAAGCUUUGAGGCCAAGGAUCCCUGGAUGAUGGAGUACUUACAGUUGGUGAAACAAACUAUGGACCGCUUUCUGAGUGUAAGAGUGACUCAGGUGGCCAGGGGACAGAACCGGCAUGCUAACUCCUUGGCCACAUUGACGUCAUCAUCAACUGAGAAUAUUCCUCGAUUAAUCAAAGUGGAGUUGGUAGUAAAGCCAAGUAUCAAUGCAGGUGUAGGUGUUUCACUAGUAACAACAGCUGAACCAUGUUGGAUGGAUCUGAUCAUUGACUUUUUAGCUGAGGAUCUAGUGCAGGCUAACGAGAAGGAGGUAGAAAAAGUACGCUGGGCAACUGCUCAGUAUUGGUUAUCAGCUGAUCGUAAGCUAUACCGAAGGUCUUUUGAAGGGCCUUACCUACAAUGUUUGCACCUCAGCAAGAUUGAAGAACUUCUGACCGAGCUACAUUAG